CAAUUUCUCUUCCUUCACUCGACCAAAGAGGUGGGAGCAAAAAGAUCCAGAAACCUCUAGACCAAACGAGCCAAGCGAAGCGACCACCCGUCUCCGUGCUCCGGCCAUGUCGCUCUCGUCGGUGCGCCAGCGCCGGCCCACGGCCGCUUCGUCGCUAACCGACGACUCACAAGAGAACAGGUACUCCAAGGACGGCAACGACAGGAGGCGGCGCUCCGACGGCGAGGAGGAGGAUGGGGGUAUCCGUUGGUUCCUCCCGUUCCUGGCCCUCGGCCUCCUCCGCCACAUGAGCGCGUCUUCAAACCUAAUCCACGACUGCGACGAGGUGUUCAACUACUGGGAGCCCCUCCACUUCCUCCUCUACCGCUCCGGCUUCCAGACCUGGGAGUACAGUUCUGACCAUGCUCUUAGGUCUUACUUAUACCUUUUCAUUCAUGGUAUCGUGGCUGGUCCUGCUUCGCUCAUCUUUGGCGAACAUAAGGUUCGUGUGUUCUACGCGGUUAGAAUCUUUCUUGGACUCAUAUCAACUGUAACAGAAACUGUUCUGGUAGUCGCUAUCUCAAGAAGAUACGGAAAGAGACUUGCUUGCUAUGUGCUUGCAAUGCUAUGCUUAACCAGUGGCUGUUUCUUUGCCAGUACCAGUUUCUUACCAAGUUCAUUCUCCAUGUAUGCUGUAACACUUUCGUCAGCGCUCUUCCUUCUAGAGAAAUAUACUGGUGCGGUCUCUGUCGCAGCUGCUGGAGUACUUCUUGGUUGGCCCUUCUCAAUUUUGGUGUUUCUCCCUGUUACUGUUUACUCGUUAAUUAGGGGAUCCUUUAAAAGAGUGUUCUUGUCUGGACUUCUGACUUCACUGUGCCUUCUUGCACUCUCGUUAGUCGCUGAUUAUUACUGUUAUGGUAGAUGGACAUCAUCUGUGUUCAAUCUCCUGAAAUAUAAUGUGCUUGGUGGUGGUGAAAGUCACUUGUAUGGGACAGAGGGGGCUAUGUUCUAUUUCAAGAAUGCAUUCAAUAACUUCAACUUUGCAUUUGUUUUGGCUCUGCUAUUCUUGGGAGUUGCACUAUCUGCAGGGAAGAAAUAUGCCCCAGAUCUGCUGAUAGUUAUCUCUCCCAUCUACAUUUGGUUGGCUUUCAUGUCUUUGCAGGCACACAAAGAAGAAAGGUUUCUCUAUCCAAUUUAUCCAUUGAUAUGUGUUGCAGCAGCUGCUGUUAUUGACAGCUUUCCUGGUUUUUUCCAUGACAAAUAUUCGUCUGAGCAGUCCAUUUUUGAAAAGACAGCGAAGUUCCUGCGGCCUUUGGUCCUAGGCUUUAUUUUGUGCACCUCCCACAGCCGAACAUUCUCUAUGUUGAACGGGUAUGGUGCUCCUCUGCAGAUCUAUGAGCAUCUAGAUUAUCAUGAAGACACUGGGCCUGGAUCUACUCUCUGUGUUGGAAGUGAGUGGCACCGCUAUCCUUCAUCGUUCUUCGUACCCUCCUAUAUUAGCGAAGUUCGUUGGAUAGAUGAUGGUUUCCGAGGCCUUCUGCCAUUUCCCUUCAAUGAAACCCUGGGAGGCACCACUGCUGCUCCAUCUUAUUUCAAUAACAAGAAUAAGGCCUCCGACCAGCAAUAUUUGAAAGACAUUGGAUCAUGUAACUUACUGAUGGAGCUUGAUCUAAGGCGACCUUAUCCAUCUCGCGGGAAUGACCUGUCAACUUGGGAGACAUUGGCAGCUCUGCCAUUUCUAGACAGAGAGCUUUCACCGGCAUUAUACCGGUCGUUCUUCAUACCAUACAAAUGGCAGCAGAAGAAUGUUUUCGGCCUGUACAAGUUGCUGAGGAGGCUGCCUACUGACCAAGAGCAAUUCAAAGGCCACUAAUUGGGAGGAAAUGCUGUAUUCGCUUUCGUGAGCUGAAUCGUAGGAUUGACUGGAUCGAACCAAUUAGCAAAUUUUGUUCGCUACGUUUUCUUUCUAAUCAGCAUGUGUCCUCCCGGUUUGAGAAAGGCCGGCCAUGUUAUGGGUAGGCUGUAGUGUGUAUACUGGACUGACCGUUCCAACAGUCAACUGAAUUCAUUUCCUAGCCUUCGUGAUCCAUGUUGCGAAAAAUGUUAAUGAUCGUGUAUUCGUGUUCAGCUGCACGUUCUUGCGC